CAAACAAAUAUUAGGGCUCUGAGGGCUUCAUAUAAAGUAGCACUUCCAGUCGCCAAGUCCAAAACACCAUACACAAUUGCUGAGACACUCGUGAAAGACUGCAUCAAAGAAGUUGGCUUGGAAGUGUUGGGUGAAUCUACAACAAAGAAAGUAGCGUAAGUACCUCUUUCCAAUGACACCAUAGCUCACCUGAUUCAAGAGCUGGCUAAUAGCAUGGAAGAGCAACUCAUAGAGCAGAUAAAGUUGGCAAAAUACUUCUCAUUGCAAUUUGAUGAGUGCAGAGAUGUUGCUAAAAUUCUUUUAGUCUAUGUAAGGUUUGAACAUGAUGAUGACAUAAAGGAAGAAUUUUUUUUCACUCUUUGCGUACAAACAACUAGCUCAGAACUGUAUGAAGCUGUGAAGAAUUACAUUGUUCACAGAUGUGGCUUGGAAUUUAAAUUUUUUGUAGGAGUGUGUUCUGAUGGUACAGCUUCAAUGACAGGAAAACAUUCCAAAGUGGUCACCCAGAUUAAGGAACUUGCUCUGGAAUGUAAAAUAACACAGUGCUUCAUCUAUUAUGAUGGUCUUGCUAUGAAAAAAAUAUCCGCUGAACUAUAUAGUGUGCUUAUUGACAUGGUAAAAAUUGUGAAUUAUAUAAAAUCUAAUGCAGUAAAUUCAAGAUUGUUCUCUUUAUUAUGUAGUAAUAUGGAAACUGAUCAUAAGCACCUGAUACUGCAUGCUGAGGUACGGUGGUUGUCUUGGGGGAAGGUUCUGUCAAGAGUGUUUGAAAUACGAAAUGAUCUCUUACUCUUGCCAGGCAAGAAACCUGUUUGGGCUCAACUUUUUAAAGAUGUGAAUUGGAUAUCCAGGCUUGCUUAUUUGUUUGAUAUCUUUAGUACUUUUAAUGAUCUUAAUACUUCUGUGCAAGGAAAAAAUGCAACAUGUUUUUCAGUGGCAGAUAAGAUUGAAAGACAAAAAUGAAAGUUAGAAAGUUGGAAAUACAGAGUUUCUAAAAAUUAUUAUGACAUGUUCCACAAAUUAACAACAAUCAUUAGUGAAGUUCAUGAUCUUGAUAAUGCACAUCUGCAGAAAGUUAUCAGUGAACAUCUACAAAUUUGUUAGUGUCUUGAAUUUUAUUUUCCAUCAAAAGAAGAUCCACGUAUAGGAAAUUCAUGGAUCCAAAACUCAUUUCUCCCAUCAAAGGAUAAUUUGAAAUUAACUGUAGCCUUACAUGAUAAGUUGUUGGAACUAGCUUCUGAUGAGAAAAUAAAAUAUAAAAAUACAGUAUCCCUUGCUUCAUUUUGGAUAAAAGUUAAAAAUGAGUACCCUGAACUUGCUGAGAUUGCUUUAAAAUCUCUGCUUUUAUUCCCUUCAAUAUGCCUGUGUGAGGCAGGAUUCUCUACUUUAAGUGUUAUUAAAACAAAACACAGAAACAGAUUAAAUAUACACUAUCCUCUUAGAGUGGCAUUGUUAUCGAUCCAACCUAGAUUAGUAAGGAGCAAGAAGCAAGCUCACUUAUCACAUUAAAAAUUUUAUGUAAUGACAUGGAAAGUGGUCAUGCAACAUAUGCAUUUAGGCAUUUGGUGUGAGAAAUUUCACUUUAGGCUUUCUGUUUAAUUGCUAUUGUGGAAUUAUGAAGUUAUGAGUAAAAUAGUUCUCUACAUAAAUUGCCUAUUUGUAAACAUUUAGUGAAGCAUUUGUACAAUUUUUAAAUUAUAUUUUCCUGUUAUAUUUAUUGAAAUAUACCUUUUUUUGUUUGCCCUAAUAUUAAAAACUUCAUUUUGUCUUUUGUAUUUCUUUACUAUUGUAUACUUUAGCAGGUUGAGACUAUAGGACAGCUUUCAUGAUGAAAGGGCACAUGAGUGAGUUCAGGGAGUAAAGAUUAGAAUUCAGAUACAGUUCAGGGUGUCAGCAGGAUGCUACAUUUGUUCAACUGAUCAGGGUGGUUAAAUUGGAAGUUGGAGUUUGUUUUGUAGAUACCUUGUUACACUGUGUAAACAGGUGAGGUAUAAUUGUAUUGAAGCUCUGGGCUCAUACUGAAAAAUUCUGUUUUUUAAGGAUGGGAGACUGCCAUGGCAAUAAGCUUAGUCAGAAGGGUUUUAGACUCGGCUGUAUUACUGCUGAAGUACUUAGGACACAGUUAUUAUGAGCGUGUCAAGGAGAUUUGACAUCCUCUAUUGUUUGAAGAUAAUGUCACACAUCUACUCUGUCAAUAUAGUGGCUUAGAAUGACUGAAAACAGAUGGCAUGUGGCAGGGUCUUUAGGGUAAAUGAUAACCAAGAUCCUUGAAGAAAAUAAUAGUCUUCCUAAGGAGGGCAAUUUACAGUAAGUUCUUAUUUUCAUAUAAAUGUAACAUUCAAACUUGAAGAAAGGAAAGAUACAAAAGAUGUCACUAAAGAUUUAUCCUUUUGCUUUGAAAGUGGAGGAAAC